AACUGUGAUACCUCUAUUAAUCUAAAAAAAAAAAAAAAAACUGCUUAUCAACAUGCACAAACACGUCUCUAGUUACCUCUCAAUAGGUGUUAAUGUCCCACUUUUCUUACAAACAGCCAAAUUGUUACCAUACAAAAUGUGUAUUACUUAGCAAGCUCUCUUUGUUCACUAUAAAUAGCCACUGACUGAAUUAAUAUUUGACUACAAUUAAACUUUUAUUUGAUGCAAGAUGAAAACUAAGUCUUUUAUUUUCGUGUUCUCUCUUUGUGCACUAAUUUAUAUCUCCUUAUCACAAAUUGAGCAAUCUAAAGAUGGAAAACAAUCUGGUGUUACUAAAGAAUUCAAAACAAAAGUUGUGAUAGAUAAGGACGGAGGCAUGGGAGGUGGACACGAAGGAGACUACGGAGGAGGGUAUGUUGAUGGUGAUUGGGGAGGUGGAGGAGGAUACGGAGGAGGUUGGGAAGGAGAAGAAAAUGAAGGAGGUUGCGAAGGAGGAGAAGGUGGAGAAGGAAACGACGAAGGUUGGGGAGAAGUUGGAGGAACCGAAGCAGGUUUCGGGGGAGAAAAUGAAGGAGGUAGAAACGAAAAGCCUGGAGAAGGAGCAUGAAAACCAGGAGAAAUUAGUCUGACCUAUAAGAAAAAGAUUAUGAGUUGUAACUGUGAUGGAAAAUUUUACUAUGUGGCUUAUUUAGAAGUUAGUGUAUCAUGUUAUGUAUUUUGAACUUGUGUUGAGAAACAUGUAAACUGGCAUAUCAUGUGUUCAUGUCUGCUAUAGUUAACCAGAUGCAUUUUUCUAUGAA